AUGAAUGGACUUGUGGUUAUCAAUGCAGCUCUAUUUGUCCUCACUGCAAUCAGUGCUGCAGGCGGUUCGUGGUGUUACCAUGAUCCUAGCUGUGAUGACACCACUUGGUCCACCAUUGCCUCAGAACAUUGCAAUGGAUCGCGACAGUCUCCCAUCAACAUCGUCUCUGCAUCAGCAGUGGGCGAUGAAACCCUGACUGCCUUCACCUUCACCAAAUACGGAGACAAUUAUACAAUGAACAAGAUCAAGAACACUGGCAAAACUGUCAAAGUCAAGCUGACGAGUGGAGUCCAGAUUGCAGGCGGGGCCCUGUCUGAGGCCUAUGACAGCCUGCACUUUCACCUCCACUGGGGGAAUGGUACCUCAGUACUUGGGUCGGAGCACACAGUGGAUGGAACCCGCUACCCCAUGGAGUUGCACAUAGUAAAUGCCAAGUCUUCGCACAACGGUAACACGACCACGGCCGUUGCAGACAGCACGGGACUCGCUGCUCUUGGCUUCUUCAUAGAGCCCGUGCCGGGCAAUGUGACUGGUUCACCAGCAGCCUGGAAUAUUCUGACAUCCUACUUGGCCAACAUCACACUAAAAGAUGAUAUUGUAAACAUUACUCAUGCUAUUUCAUUGGAUGAGCUCCUGGAAGGGGUGGACCGUACCAAAUACUACCGUUACAAUGGAUCACUGACUACUCCAAAUUGCAACGAGGCUGUGGUUUGGACCGUGUUCAAGGACCCUAUCAAAGUCAGCCAGGACUUGAUUGAUCUAUUCAGCACAUCAUUGCACAUUGACCACAACUCCACCUCUGACUUGAUGACCAACGUCUUCAGAAACAAAAAUCCUGUCAACGGCCGGGUGGUGACAACCCAGGGCAGCUCAUCCACAGCCCUGCCACCGUCGGGAGCCUCCACAACGAACUCCUCUCUGGGCCUCAUGACCCUGGCCUGGAUGCUGCUGAUGGUUUAGUGUCUGAGUAACGCCUUACCUGAAGUGCUUUGCCGUGUCUCCCUUAACCCUCAAGCUACCAAUGUAUUUUACAUGCGCCAAUUACCAACUUGGGUCAAAUUUACCCAAAGGAGAAACUAUUGGAAAAA